AUUUCUUCUAAUAAUAGCAUAAGGCCUGUGCCUGUAGAUCUAGAUGUCUAGAUCUCUGAUUUGAUAAACGAUUUCUAUGUCAAGACGCAAACAUGCGUCCUGUUUCAGGACUUACACAGUUUUCUAGAUCCGUGUGCUUCAUAGAUCUUUCUGGAGCUAUUCUAUUUAUUUAUUAUUAUUAUAUGGCUUAUAUUCAUUUAGGCUAUCGAGAAGAUAACUUUUAAUUAAAAAAAAAAAAAAAAGAAAGAAAUGCAUUUCAAUUAAAGUCUUCAAUCUGUAGACACCAUUGUUUACCCUCAAGGAGAUACACAGCCAGACUACAUUCCUGACCAAAGCAGACUAGGAUAUAAAACCAUAGUGCUUAAAUUUAAAACAAUGUCACAGUUCAGGUGCACAGCAGAUAUUGUAUUUGAUGAGCUAGAUUUAAAACCAGGACAGAUUUGCAAUGUGCACUUAAAACAAUAUUCAGAAACAUGCAAUUUUCUACAGUAUCUGAAGCCACUUACUCCAGAGAAGCCUUAUUUCUAUGCUCAAAUCAAAAGUCUAAAUGCAAAUAGCAAGAUAACAUUAGGCAUUGCAGGACCAGAUAUUGCUCCUGAGGCACAACCUGGGAACUGGCUUGACUCUGUUGGUUACCAAAGUGACACAGGUCAAUGCUAUACAUGCCAUCAGCGGAAUGCCAAUACCAUAGGUGAAAAAUUUGGUGUUGGAGAUUUGUUUGGUGUUCUUGUUAAUUAUUUUGGAGACAAAAAGUCAACUGUGAUAUUUAUUAAAAAUGGUUCCCCUGUAGCAACCAGAUACCAUUUUGAGUCUGAUCAGAGUCGUUUCCUGCCAACUGUUUCAUUAGAAAAUGGUCCAAUAGAUUUAAUCUUAAUGUUACCAGAAGCAACAAUGAGUAUACCCAGUUAUAGUUUGAAAAAUAUGUUACACUGGAUCCAUCCACCAACAAUAAAAUAUGAUGCAUACAAAAAUAUGUUCAUUUGUACAGAAAAUUCUGAAAAUCAUGAAGAGCUAACUAUUCAAAGUCCCCAACCUUUGACCUUAGACAUUCACCAUUAUGAGGUUAUUAUUCAGGAGAUGGAUUCUGGGUCUACAUGUCCCUCAAUAUCAUUAGCAUCUUGCAGUCCAAAGGUUCCUUCUUCUGCCUCAUCACUGCUACAAGAUUACAUUAGAUUUGAUUUAAGUCCAGAGAUUCGCCAGUCUCCAAUAGGUGUGAGAUUAGGCUGGGGUGUACAUUAUGACCCAGAUGCUUGCCAUCUAAGCAAUUUUAAUCCCAAGCAAGAGCAGUUGGUUUACUGCUAUGUUACAGCUAAUUCAGAAGUUAUUUCUGGCAAAAUGAUGAUGCAACCAGAGGGUGGUUUUUAUCCAGUUGUAAUUCUAAACAAAGAAGCAGCAAAGGUUAUCAUUCAAGUGGACAACAAUGCUAAGCCUGUAACUCUCACACAGAAGCUUGAUGAACAUUUUAGAAAUGAAAUUGUAAAGGCCAAACAAUUGUUAAAUAUUGAAAAUGCCCAAAAAGAUAUAAAGAUAUCUAUGUUUAGAAUGUCUGCUGCUAUAGAUGUGACAAUUACAGAGGACUUUUGCAGACUGCAUUUACCAAAAGAUAAACCUGGCAUUCAUGUAGUUCAAUUCUUAAAAACUCUCAAUGAAGAAAACAGUUUUUAUCUUGUCCGUGUUAAUGAAUUGAAUGAGAAUUCCAGUAUUGGUAUUGGAGUGGCAGGCAAAGAUUUUCCAUUAAACAAAUUUCCUGGUAAAAUAAAACCAUCUGUUGGAUGGGCUUCAAAAGAUGGCAAGUUAUACAGAAACUCCAGAAACGAUGGGAAUUUACCUGGAGAGAUCUACCAGAAAGGGGACUUAAUUGGAGUGGAGAUGGAAGCAUUUGCCAAAGAAAUGUCAGUGGCACUUUUUACCAAGAACUUACGUCCAGUUGGCACAGCUUAUUACACACAGUCUGACAGAAGCUCAUUUUUACCUACUUUAGCUUUGUGCGGCAAUGGAUGUGAAGUAAUAUUGGAAGUUCAUUGGCAGAACACAAUGAGAGGACCACCAAUUUUCAGUGUGGUGAACUUGGAACAUUGGUGCCUUCCACCUGGUGCCAAAGUAGAUUCUAGUCAAAAUAAAGUAAUAGUAAAAGAUCAUGAGCUUCCAGUAUGUAUACAAGCACCUUAUAGUUUACAUAAAGGUUACAAUCACUUUGAGGUGGAAAUAACACACAAGUUGGAAACAAGCUCAGCCCCACCUCCAGCUAUAGUUCUGUCCACUGCCACCCCGCUUGACCCACCACCUCUGUCCUGUCUGAAAUUAGACUAUCUCAGAUAUUGGCCUGUUAAUGAUGCAAGUACUCUGGUGAAAGUUGGAGAUAAGGUUGGCUGGGGUCUACUUUACCUGGAUGAUGAUGUGCAUCACGAUGAAGAGCAGCUAGUUAUAUGUUACCUCACAAUCAAUCGAAAAAUUUUGCUGGUCAGGGUUGUGUCCCAACCACCUGGAGGCUUCUAUCCGCUGGUUGUUUUACCACCUCUGUUAAAUGAAGUGACUCUUGUCUUCUCUGCCACAAUUAUUAAACAACACCCCAUAACUGAUAAAGAUGUACAAAUACUCGUAGAAGAAGCAAUGAAUUUGAUAGAAGCUGAGAAAGAGAUUCUUAAAAAGGGAGAUGAUCCAGCAACAGAAUUGGCUGGUCAAAAUCUUUUUCGACUCCUACCUAGUGCAGAGCAUGAGGAAACAAAUGGAGCCAUUUUAAAAUCAGAAUGGGGGCAGGAAAAUGUUGUGGACACUAGAGUGGAGAAAAAUGUCAAAACCAGUAGAAUGUUGACAGUUAUAACAGCUCCCAAAACUAAAAAUGAUAAUAAAAAUGUCAACAAAAACAACCAUAAAAGUUCACAAAGUUGUAGAAUAAUUUAAGAAAAAUAAAAUUUCUUAUGGCAGCAGCACAAACCUCACUAGGAAUACUGGUAUCAUAAACUUUAUCAAGUGUAAUAAACAUCACAAUAGUUGUUUCAAACUAUCAGCUUUGUAACGUAUUGCUAACUUAUGAUAAUAUCAGCAUUAUAAUAUUGAUAUUUUCCUGUAUUCUUAUGUGCAUAUUAAACAAGUUGAAAAUUCAAUUUAUUUUGAAACAGAUUUUCGCCACAGCUUAUCAGUAAUUGUAUCAUUUUACUACAUUAUAACAUUGAUAAAUGAAAUUAUUAGUAACAUUAACACAAAUGAUCCAAAGAUAUUUUUGUUUAUGUUGUUAUGGUUGGAGUGUUAACAUUAUGCUAUAGAAGAACAUAUUUAUGUCCAUUUUUUUUUUUUGCUUUAAUGGUACACUAUUAUCAAUGCAUUACAAUAGGAAAUUUGACAAAGAUUUCACAAGUAAAAAAAUAAAAUAAAUUCUAAUAUGUAAGUUUAAUGUUGUAAGUUUAAUGUGUAUGAACUAAUGAAGCUGAAUUAAAGAAUAAUGCUAACAUUGAAAUGGCCCAAUCACUAGAUAAAAAGAAUUAGGGUUUAUAAUGAUGGGGCUUCACUCACUAGAAAGUGUGUACUAUUCAGGCUAUGAAAUAUUUUGUUAUACUUUGCUGAUUCAGCAAUAAUUACUCAACUGUUAUUGUAUACACAAUUAAUGUGAUGUUUAGUCUAUUUACAAACAAGAAAAAUUAAAUGUUAAAUGUAUAUUA